AUUGGGUCAAAGGUGUCAGACUUGACAUAAGGAAGACAGUAAUUGAGCGCUCGCAGCGAAUGGGCGGAGGCGGAGCACCGGAGUUAACGUUACCCAACACUGGGCUGCUUGGUCCGGUUAUCUGAGCGCUUGUCAAGACAGCAGCAGAUGCGCCGUCCUGCCUGGUUUAAGUCCGCUAAGAAGCUACUAGUCCAAUUAACCGAGAAGAGGCGGAAAUCCACGCAUGUAGGCUGCUCGAACAACUUGCUGCCCCGCGGCUGGACGAUGGAUGUGAGCGCCGCUCCGGCACACCGUGACGACCUGACACUCGCCAUCAGCGACCGAGCUGGACCAGAAGCGACGCGGUGUCAGCAGUGAGAUGCUGGCGUGUUCUGAGCGCUGACAGUCGCGAUCUGGGCUCACACAAUAAGCCUCCAUAAGCCGCCGGAGCACAGGCCCGCGCGCGCGUCAUUAGCGACGCUGCGGAGUUUCCUCGAGCUGUUCGUGAAGGCGGAUCGUUAACAUGGAAACACACUCCGAUGUGCUGCUCGUCACCGCAAAUGUCGGCUCGCUCUUUGACAAUGUGGGGGAAAUUCAAAAUGAAUGGUUACAAGAAUUGUACAAGACUAUCCACAGCUACAAGCCACAGUUCAUCGCCCUGCACUUCCAGGAGGUGGGAGGGAAGGACUACAUGGUCAACAUGGGCCAUGCUGAAAACUUCUUUUGGAGCAUUGAGUCCAGUGAGGAAAUGAAAGACUUCGACAGGGUCUGCAUCUAUGUGGACAACCAGUUCCAAGCAGAAGACAGCUUCACGGCUUUGGGGAGCAUGUACUUCAUCCACAAGACACUGAAAAACAUCUCUCAGUAUGAUUUUAAUGAGAAGGAUUUUAAAGCCGUGUCAGGGCAGAACAAACACGUGGGCUCUUUGGACGGGGUCACCACAGUGGAGAAAGAAAAAUUCCCAAAGAAUUUCUGGCCUGAUUUCAAGUGGUCCAGAAAGGGCUUCAUGAGGACCCGCUGGAUCAUACACAACCAAGGUCUGGACCUGGUCAAUGUUCACCUGUUCCAUGAUGCCUCCAACCUCAUUGCCUGCAACUCCAGUCCUUCCAUUUACUCAGCCAACCGCAAAAACGCUCUCAGAUAUGUCAUCAACAGGAUAUCAGACAGCCGCUACACUCCUCUGCCUUUCUUCUUGUUUGGAGAUUUCAACUUCCGUCUGGACACACUUAGUCUGGUCCAGCAUCUGUCCACUUCGGCAGAUGUGCAGACCGUGAAGAAAGACAGCACUAAUGAAGUGGAGAAAAUCAUCUGCGAAGAAAAAGACAACGACCACCAGGUGCUGCUCCACAUUGAGGAGAAGCUGUUCGCCUACCUGCACCAGGCGGUGUUCAGGGAGGACAAUGGCAGAGCACUUCUGAAAUAUGACAAAGAAGCCGCAGCAUUCCACGAUGUUGUUAGGGAAGAGGACAUCAAAUUUCCACCCAGCUACCCCUACAGUGAAGAGUACACUAAACCGACCCAGUACAUGAACACUCGCUGUCCUGCCUGGUGUGAUCGUAUCCUCAUGUCUCACACUGCCCAAGCAUUCAUUCACAAGGGAGACGACAGUGAGAAGAGCGUUGUUUACAACACAGUGGGUCCUAACGUCUGUAUGGGAGACCAUAAGCCGGUUUUCUUGUUCUUCUCACUGAAGACAAACGACCAUUGACUCGGAUCCUUCUGAAUGAGUUUACCACAGUCUCAGUACCAGAAGGUGAUCAGCAUGACGGUCACCUGCCACAACCCACCCGUCAGCCAGCUGUGGCUCUCGACACAGGAAGCCCCCACUGUGAAAACCCCAUCCUCAAAUCACCGGUGUCUCACAUCUGAUCUCACUGCCACACACUGUCGACCUGAGCUCGAGUGGCACCAGCGCAGCACAGCAGCUUUCCUGGAUUUCUGAGAUCCUCCUCUCACUCUCAGAUCUUAAGUCCUGCGACCUGAAAGCUCAGUGUCACUGAGGAUGUUCCUACGAUUCCUGCUCGCAGCCAUCGAGAUUGUUUCUCUUUUUUCGUCCUUCUUUUUUUAAUGCGACCAAGAAUGACGUAAAGACAGCAGUGUGCGACUGUAGACCAGCCCCUUCAAAUGGGUGUGCACAUGCAACAUUCUUACAUUUUGAUCAGAGUGGAUUUUAGCUAAUGCAUUAAAAAAAAUCUGCCUUUUUUGCAGACAGUGUCAGAUAAACCCCAGCCAAGGCAUCAUAGAUUGACUUAUUUCUUAUUGGCACUUAAUAAUGUAAUAAAUGUCUCCAGUCAAUUAGGCCACUUUGUAGCAACUGAACUGGAUAAUUCCACUCAGUAGGUUUUAUAUUAGCUGUUGAAUUCAAAUCUGAAUCCAUCAUUCAGAAACUCCUGUGUAAAUAAUUUUUAUCUAAACAUUAUAAAGAACAUUAGUGUUAAUGUGAGCCACAGUCUGUGUAAAACCUGAGUAAUGAAAACAAAAAAAUAUGGGAUCUUUAAUCAGAUAUUGGACCAGGCCUACUGACUGCAUGUGUAUGCUUUUAUUUUGUAUUUUAUGCCAUUUUUAGAUCAGGUAUUUACCUUUUAAAGUUGUUUACUAUCACUGUAAGCAGGAUUUGACCGUAAAGCCGGAGACACCGUAGAGGAAUGCUGCAAUCUCAGUUUCCCGUGAGCAUGUUUGUUGAGAUGUCCUCCAUAGAUAAUGCCAUUUAUGAAGGAUUUCUGACUGACAUGUUAUUGUUUUCCCACGCAUGCAGCUGCUCCCUCACAGCGGCUUUAACUGUGUCACUCAUGAUAACAUAAAAAAAUCCAUCUCAGAAUUGAUUUUGAUAAAUAAUAUCAUGACUUUAAUUGCAAAGUUAUGUAGAAAUGACACUAGACAGUGGACAAAACAACAACAAACCAACUGCAGCAGUUUCGUCUGUUCAUGAAUGUCGGGGUAAGAAUUAAUUCACAUAACACAGCAGCAGGGUUGCACCCUGCUGAAUUUAAAGUAGCGUUCCUCACUGUUUUACUACCAACUGUACAUUAAUACCAAGUGCUUUAUUCCACAAGCUACAGCUCAGCAGUUCUCAAUUUUUCCAUUUCCUCACUCACAAAGUUCUCUUUACGGUUUGCACCGAAAUCUCUUCCACCCUGGUCUGGUUGGCAUCGACCUUAUUUCAUUGCCAAAACAAUUACGCUGUGGGUCUCACGUGUUUAGUUCCAACUCUUUAGAAGCGUGGACGUUUCCAACGCAUGGUUUCACUUGAACGUCACACAGUCCCGUAUAUAUACAGUAUGCACGUGUGUGCACCUGCACACGACACAGAAGUGAUUUUUUUUUUUUUUUUUUUUGUUCUGUUGAUUCACAGUCUCAUUCUGUAGCACCAUUGCUGUCAUAUAUUUUUGAUGUGUGAAUUAUUGUUUAGAUUGUUUUGACCUGGCUUUAAUAAUGACUAAAUGAAUUUAAAAUGUGUUUGUGGUUUGUUAUUCAUCCGUCCAUUAGCUGUACCUUAUUAUCCUUGGGGCAUAUUUUGUGAAACUCCUUCUGUCUUAUGCAGCUUCAUGGACCUAUAUUCAUACAGAAAUGCUUGUCAUGGAUAAAUUCACAGAUAUCGGUAUAAAGUUCGGACCGUCGGACAUGUUUGUAGAGUGGGACUGAAGACUUGCCGCAAUAAGAUUAAGUCAGUGAUGCGAAUGUGUGUGUAGAGGAAGUUUGUAAGUAAUAAACUUUUAGCUGUUCACUGUUGACCAGUCCUGGGAGUGGAGUUCAUUAUAAGGCCAGUAUUACCUUUAGAUUAACUCUGGUCAAACACUACAUCAUUGAAAUAUUUCACUUUUGUAAAUAAAAUAUU